AUGCUGUGCACUGCUGCAGACCGUGCCGGGGUACGACGUGGCCGGCGUGGUCGUCAAGGUGGGCAGCCAGGUGAAGAAGUUGAAAGAAGGCGACGAGGUGUACUCAGCGAGAAGCCGCUGGAGGGGCCCAAGCAGUCCGGCUCGCUGGCGGAGUACACCGCCGUCGAGGAGAGGCUGCUGGCGCUCAAGCCCGAGGGCCUCGACUUCGCGCAGGCCGCCAGCCUGCCGCUCGCCGUCCAGACCGCCAACGGGGGCCUGGAGAGCGCGGGACUGUCCGCCGGCAAGUCCGUCCUCGUCCUCGGUGGCGCCGGCGGUGUCGGCUCCCUUGCAAUCCAGACUGAACUGAACAUUCUUGCACAAUGCUGCUCUUGUCGUGGAGUGUACGGCGCGUCCAAGGUGGCUGCGACGGCCAGCACCAAGAAGAUCGAGCUGCUCAAGAGCCUGGGUGCCGAUGUCGCCAUCGACUACACUAAGGACAACUUCGAAGAGCUGCCGGACAAAUACGACGUUGUCUUGGACGCAGUCGGUCAGGGUGACAAGGCUGUCAAGGUAGUGAAGGAAGGCGGCAGCGUGGUGGUCCUCACCAGCGCCGUCAGCCCUCCAGGCUUCCGGUUCGUCGUCACCUCCAACGGCGCUGUCUUGGAGAAGCUCAACCCGUACCUCGAGUCAGGGAAGGUGAAGCCGCUCAUCGACCUGGAGGGGCCGUUCGCCUUCUCGCAGGUUGUGGAGGCGUUCUCCUACCUUGAGACCGGGAGAGCAACCGGCAAAGUAGUCAUCUCACCCAUCCCAUGA